GUGCGUUAGUGGCUCCCCCGAGGAAACUUUCCUUUAUUCAACUAAGUGUGGGAGACGGUCCGCAUCCCGCCCGGAAGUCACUUGGACUAAAUUUGAUUGAGGACCCAUCCAUGGUUGCUGUCUUCCCUCGAUCCUGGCUCGUUUCAAUCUCUUUGGUUCAUUGUUAUUUUCCCCCUCACAAACCUCCGUUUUAUAGCGUCGGGCAAACUGAUCCUGCCCUAACCUACUCUAAGCCAUUAGACAAGAUGGUUUUUGGUGGAGUUUUCUUGCCUGUGUAUUUUUUGUUUCUUCUAUUUUCCCUCAUUUUCCUCUGUGAUUUUAUUUCCCUUUUGGUACACCCUCACACUCACUGUAUAUCCGGAUGAUCCCCCAUUAUUGUGAUCACCGUUAUUUUCUUGCUCGUCUUGUUACUGGUAAGACGGAUACAUACAAGCCGCGAACCGAGGCAAUGGGAACUCGUAUCAGAGCCUC